AUGGAUUUCUUCUCCUCGAGUUUUAACGCUGAGAAGGUUUUAAAUGAAUUUGAACUACCCUUCAUCGAGUCCAAGGGUUUUAAAUCAGUUGACGAAUUUGAGCAGUACUUGCGCAGCACAAAUCCCGCAUUUGUCGCACAAUUACAAAAAGUGGAGAUUCAGGAAAACACCAAGAAAUCAACUGGACUCUCCAGGAGAGCUCGGCUAUCACAAAUGUGUGCGCAAAGGGGAAGAAACAUAACUGAAUCUGUUGAGUUGCGGAGAUGCCUCAAUAAGAAAUGGAGCGCUGUUAAUUUGUUCCAAACAAAUCAGCAAGGACCAAUGAAACGUCUGGAAGAGUGCGUGGAACAGGGUCACCCAGUACGUAUUAGUUUGCGUGGGCGAAAUAGCGUGAACUCUUCCAUUCAAGCAAAAAUUAUUGCAUUUGAUAAGCACUGGAACCUGCUGAUAAGAGAUGGUGAUGAGAGUUUCAAUCCACCAAUGAAUAUGAAACGUCGAACCACCAAAAGUAUACAUGCAGCAGGACCAUACCAGUAUUGUGAAAGCCAAUGCGAGGACAGGGAAGGUAAAACAAUAACACUAUGGCAACGUCAUCUACCGUGUUCUCUGAUACGUGGGGACGACAUUGUCUUGAUAUUUGUUUCUCCACAAAUGUCUGUUAACCGUUUUUUACGGAUACCAACAGAUAAACAGUUCAUGUGA